AUGAUCCGACGAAUUCAAGCUGAAUCUCGUGCAGAUGACGACGAGCCUUACGACAUUACGGGGUUCACGCAUCCAAAACUAGCAAAAAGUCAAUUUGGCGAGAGUCUCUGGGCCGAGUCCGGAGUGUGGAUAGCAUGUCCUUCAGCGGAGCGACUACAAGCUCGCUCCUCGUUCUUCUCCCAGCUCACAUUUUCAUUGGCUCGACGGGCUACGGCGUACGGCGUCAGACAACUGAUGCAGAAGAAAACGGUCUGUCAACCAUCAUCCAUCAUUGCCAGCAACGUCAGGAAAUCCAGGGUCACCUGUUUAUCGAAGAUCGUAGACAAACAGAUGCGCGAUCGCCGCCCGCAAAUUGUUUAA